AUGGUGAAAGUUCGGAGCUCUCGCCGUGUCGCGGGUCUGAAACCAGGCGAUUACGACCACGAGAUUGGCCUGGUCAACCAUGAUGGGGUGGAUGACGAUUCACACACCGUGCUGACAUCGGAUGUUGAUACUCGUAGGGGCUCAACAACAUCUCGAUUGAUAUCGCUAGCGGGUGAUAGCGGACAAGAAGAUGAGGCAACCCGGGCUGAAGGUAGCCAGGCAAACAAAAACCGCAUCCAUGACCAGCAAAAUAGUGUGGUGGUGGUGGAUGUGUCGGAGGAGAGUGACAAUCGACUCCGUCCUGAGGAUUCUCUUCCUCAGCCGUCCACCCAGCCAUCAAUUGAAGUCCAUGCUGCGACACCAGACAUAUUCCACGAUCCCACGCAUCGAAUCAUGCCCAAGCAGCCACGCGAAACUCGGGAAGUUGCUAUUGACGUCAUGUACGAGAAUGAAAGAGGGGGUUUUAUGUGUGGUAUAGCACUAUUUUCAUCUAAAGCUCUCGGUGGCCUUGAUCCGCCUGCAUGGACCAAUGCUUACCAUAAACCAUCACUGACCAACAUUUACAACGCGGUGGUUCCAGAUCCCUCAUGGGAGUGGAUUUGGUCAGAGUGGCGAAUAAACUAUGAAGAAGGCGUGGACGAGGGCGGCUGGGAAUACUCCUUUGCGUUUUCAAAAAUGUUCUCCUGGCACGAACCAAGUUGGUGGAACUCGUUCGUUAGAAGGAGAGUUUGGAUCCGGAAAAGGGCAAGGAGAAGAUCUGCAGAUUUGAAUUCCUCCGGCAACCUGCUCAACUCCGACUACUUCACCAUUCGACCCGCGUCUUCUCGCAGCACUAAUCAGCGAUCUGUGGCGAGCGUGGCCAGCAGCCGUGUUCCCAGCAAGUCCAGCCUAACACGCACAUCUAUCAAGGAGGUAGAAGAGGCCCAGGAGAUUGAGAAUAUAGAAACGUUACUAUCGGUUCUGCGGUCAUCGAGAAUUGAUCGUGAGAAGAGAGAGGCCGUCGAAAAUUACCUUGAUCAUGCAAUGGACCUCAGCCAACUUCAAGACGAGAUGCACGAAAUCAUGUCGAUUUUCGUUUUUCAAGCAUCACGGCGACAGCUUCUGACCCAUUUGAUGCGUAAAUACGAUGACACGACACGCAAGCUGGAAGAAAACGACAACAAGGACAACAAAAAUCUCCAGGAGCGGAAGAAAGCGCUCGAGGCCGCCGUCAAACAUGCAGACGAGGAGGUUAGCAAACUGGCCUACUGGAGCGACGUCAAAAAGAUGGCCGAGAGAGGGGAGCUGAGGUUGUCGCUCGAUGAAGAUCAGGGUUGGCAUGAGGCACGUCCUGGUUUGGAUCGAAGCGGGCCAAAUGCACCGAAUAUGGGCGAGUUGCCAGGAUCUGGAAGAUCCCAUUGA